CCAAGAGUCUAAUAUGAUGGGAAACCAAUUUUUCUGCUUGAAACUUUUGUUGGCUUUCUACCUCUCAUCAUGUCAUUAUGUUUCUGUAGCUCACACUGAAAAUUCCUUUUUACCACUCAAAGCUGUGAAUCUUGGAAAUUGGCUUGUUACUGAAGGGUGGAUGAAACCUUCUCUCUUUGAUGGAAUAACCAACAAAGAUCUUUUGGAUGGAACUCAAGUGCAGUUCAUGUCUACAAAGUUGCAAAAGUAUCUGUGUGCAGAAAAUGGGGGAGGAGAUGUUGUUGUUGCUAACCGCACCAAACCUUAUGGUUGGGAAACUUUCAGGUUAUGGAGGGUCAAUGAGUCCACCUUCAAUUUUAGAGUGUCACAUAAGCAAUUUGUGGGGUUGGAAGAUGAAAAUGGAGGAAGCAAAUUAGUGGCUACUUCAGAUAUACCUACCAACAUGGAAACAUUUCAGAUUGUGAGGAAUGAUGGUGAUCCAAGCAGGAUUCGGAUAAGAGCACCAAAUGGUCUGUUUUUACAGGCCACAGGGGAGACUCUAAUGACAGCAGAUUAUGAAGUAUCUACUUGGGAGGAUAGUUGGGAGGACAGUGACCCUUCAGUCUUCAAAAUGACUGUUUUGACAAACACCGUAUUAAAAGGAGAAUACCAACUUACAAAUGGUUAUGGUCCAGACAAAGCUUCCAAAAUUAUGCGGGAUCAUUGGAACAAAUACAUCACAGAAGAUGAUUUCAAAUUCAUGUCAGAAAAUGGCUUAAAUGCUGUCAGAAUCCCUGUUGGGUGGUGGAUAGCUAAGGACCCAACACCACCAAAGCCAUUUGUGGGGGGAUCUUUGGCAGUAUUAGACAAUGCAUUCACAUGGGCACAAAAGCAUGGAAUGAAAGUAAUUGUGGACCUGCAUGCUGUUCAAGGCUCACAAAAUGGACAACCUCACAGUGCUUCAAGAGAUGGAUAUAGAGAAUGGGGAGAGUCAUACAUACCUGAUACUGUGGCAACUAUAGAUUUUCUAGCUGAAAGAUAUGCUAACAGUGAGAGCCUAAUUGCAAUAGAGCUGAUGAAUGAGCCUCAAGGUGUGAAUCUGCAAAGCCUUAAAAGUUAUUAUCAAGCAGGUUAUGAUGCUGUACGGAAACACACAUCUAGUGCUUAUGUAAUCAUGUCUAGUCCUCUGGAUAGAGAUCCAAAAGUGCUCCUUCCGUUUGCUAGAGGUUUCAGUGGAGUUGUCAUGGAUGUUCAUUACUACAAUCUCUUCUCGAAUCAAUUCUCCAACAUGAAUGUGCAGCAGAACAUUGAUUACAUUAAAAAUCAUAGAGCUUCGGAACUUGCCUCUCUAACCACAUCUAAUGGACCCCUCACAUUUGUUGGGGAAUGGAGUGGUGACUGGAAAGUGCGGGGAGCAUCAAAGAAAGAUUUCCAAAAAUUUACACAGGCCCAAGUUAAGGUGUACUCUCGGGCCACAUUUGGAUGGGCUUAUUGGGCCUACAAAGGCGAUUCUAACUACUGGAACCUUAAGUGGAUGAUUGAAAACAAUUAUUUUAAGUUUUAGAAUAUACCCAAAAUCGGGUCGGGUAUUUGAUUAUAUAAUUGUUCACUAAAAUCGGGUCAAGUGUAAUAUAUAAAAUAAGAAUAUAAGGUACUUCUAUUA